CAUGGUGCAAAAAUCCCGUAACGGAGGCGUUUACCCGGGGCCCGCCGCUGAGAAGAAGCUUAAGGUGGGCUUCGUGGGGUUGGAUCCGGGAGCCCCGGACUCUAGCCGGGACGGAGCUCUCCUCAUCGCCGGCUCCGAGAGCACCAAACGGGGCAGCAUCCUCAGCAAGCCCCGCUCCGGGGUGUCGGGCAGCGGAAAGCCCCCUAAAAGGAAUGCUUUUUACCGCAAGCUGCAGAAUUUCCUCUACAAUGUGCUGGAGAGACCGCGGGGCUGGGCUUUCAUUUACCACGCAUACGUUUUUCUAUUAGUUUUCUCCUGCCUGGUGCUGUCUGUCUUUUCGACCAUUGAUGAGUACCAGAACAGCUCAGAAGGGGCCCUUUACAUCCUGGAAAUCGUCACCAUCGUGGUGUUCGGGGUCGAAUACUUUGUGAGGAUCUGGGCGGCCGGCUGCUGCUGCCGGUACCGGGGCUGGAGGGGAAGGUUAAAAUUUGCCCGCAAACCUUUCUGUGUCAUCGACAUCAUGGUGCUGAUUGCAUCCAUCGCUGUGCUGGCGGCGGGGUCCCAAGGGAACGUCUUUGCCACCUCAGCACUCAGGAGUUUGAGGUUCCUGCAGAUCCUGCGCAUGAUCCGCAUGGACCGGCGGGGCGGCACCUGGAAGCUCCUGGGCUCCGUGGUCUAUGCACACAGUAAGGAGCUGAUUACUGCCUGGUAUAUUGGCUUCCUGUGCCUCAUUCUGGCCUCUUUCCUGGUAUACUUGGCCGAGAAAGGAGAAAAUGAGCACUUUGAUACAUAUGCAGAUGCACUCUGGUGGGGUCUGAUUACUCUCACCACCAUCGGCUACGGGGAUAAGUACCCACAGACCUGGAACGGGCGGCUGCUGGCAGCUACGUUCACGCUCAUCGGCGUCUCCUUCUUCGCUCUUCCUGCCGGCAUCUUGGGUUCGGGGUUUGCUCUGAAGGUUCAAGAGCAGCAUCGACAAAAACACUUCGAGAAGAGGCGGAACCCAGCAGCGGGCCUGAUUCAGGCGGCUUGGAGAUUUUAUGCCACCAACCUGUCCCGGACGGACCUGCACUCCACCUGGCAGUACUACGAACGCACCGUCACCGUCCCCAUGUACAGCACGCAAACGCAAACGUACGGUGCGUCCAGACUCAUCCCUCCUCUGAACCAGCUGGAGCUCCUGAGGAACCUGAAGAGCAAAUCAGGACUGACAUUCAGGAAAGAGCAGCAGCCCGAACCAUCGCCAAGUAAAAGCAAACCGUGCAGAGAGUCACUAUGCGGAUGCUGCUCAGGAAACUCUAGUCAGAAGGUCAGUUUGAAAGAUCGUGUCUUCUCCAGUCCCCGCGGUGCUGGCACCAAAGGGAAAGGCUCUCCACAGGCUCAGGGCAUCAGGAGGUCCCCCAGCGCUGACCAGAGCAUUGAGGACAGCCCGAGCAAAGUGCCCAAGAGCUGGAGCUUCGGAGACCGCAGCCGAGCCCGGCAAGCUUUCCGCAUCAAGGGAGCAGCCUCGCGGCAAAACUCAGAAGAAGCAAGCCUCCCCGGAGAAGACAUUCCCGAUGAGAACAAAAGCUGCAACUGCGAGUUUGUGACGGAAGAUUUGACACCAGGACUGAAAGUCAGCAUCAGGGCAGUGUGCAUUAUGAGAUUUCUCGUCUCCAAGCGCAAGUUUAAGGAGAGUCUUCGACCUUACGACGUGAUGGAUGUCAUCGAGCAGUAUUCAGCCGGUCACCUGGAUAUGCUCUCCCGGAUUAAAAACCUUCAGGCCAGGAUAGAUAUGAUUGUGGGUCCCCCACCCCCUUCAACUCCCCGGCAUAAGAAGUAUCCAACCAAAGGACCCAUGUAUUCUUCCAAAGAAUCUCCCCAAUACUCGCCUAGAGUUGACCAGAUCGUUGGGAGAGGAUCCUCCAUGACCGACAAGGAUCGGACCAAAGGGCCAGCAGAGGGGGAGCUGCCUGAAGACCCCAGCAUGAUGGGCAGGCUUGGAAAAGUUGAAAAACAGGUUCAGUCAAUGGAGAAGAAGCUGGACUUCCUGGUGAACAUUUACAUGCAGCGGAUGGGCAUCCCACCAACGGAGACGGAGGCUUAUUUUGGGUCCAAAGAACCAGACCCAGCACCUCCCUACCACAGCCCUGAAGACAGCAGGGAGCACAUUGACAAGAACGGCUGCAUCAUCAAGAUCAUCAGGUCCACCAGCUCCAUGGGUCAGAAGAACUUCUCCGCCCCGCCAGCCCCGACCAACACGUGCCCGCCCUCGACAUCGUGCCAGCAGCAGGUCUACCAGCGGCAAAGCCACGGCUCCUCGCCCGUCGGAGACCCCGGCUCGCUGGUCCGCAUCCCACCUCCACCCUCCCACGAGCGCUCCUUGUCAGCGUACAGCGGUGGGCACAGGGCGAGCGCAGAGUACCUGAGGAAUGAAGACAUUACAACCAAACACCACGAGAGUGCCAUGAGAGACAGCGACACGUCCAUCUCCAUCCCUUCGGUAGACCACGAGGAACUGGAGCGCUCUUUCAGCGGCUUUAGCAUCUCCCAGUCCAAAGAGAAUUUGGACAUCCUUAACAACGGUUGCUAUGCAGCUGUGGCCAAAAUCAGACCCUACAUUGCAGAAGGGGAAUCAGACACCGAUUCUGACCUCUGCACGCCCUGCGGUCCUCCUCCCAGGUCGGCCACAGGCGAGGGACCCUUCAGUGACAUGGGCUGGUCAGCCCCCAGGCAGUGAAGCCUUCUUGCAGCCGCCGAGCCACGUCUGAGUGCUGGCAGCUGCCCGCUCCAGCUGUCCACGCGUUGAACUUCUCAAGGAGAUCCACAGCUAAGGUUUUCCUCCUUCUAGGACAUCCUUAGCUGGCAGAUACUUUCUUGCAGCUUACACUGCGGGGGGGAAAGAGCAGGUUGGAGCCUGCAUUUGUGGAAGAGGUCACGGUGGUGAGCGAACUGGAGCCGUGAAGUCCAGAUUUCUUUCAUAGUCUCUUUCUAAGAUCAUUAGGUGAAAUUAUUUCAUGGUGCAGGGUAGGCAAUUUGCGUUUCUUGGGAACCUUCAGAAGUGCAGGGCAGGAAUAAAUCACCCGGCUGGGGCUUUUGGAGGUCACAGGAAUGGGCACCUGACAAGGGUUGGGUGGGAAUUGCCACGUCAUGGCACUGGUGAUUACACCUUUAGGUAUUUUGGAGUCAUGGAAUGAACACGUGUCUCUCUCUGGCUUAGAUGUCAGGUCACGUGUAAUUACUGGGGGGUUGUUACUCUGUGGUUCCUCACUAACCGUCAGGAAGGUGGCAUAAUUCCAAUAUAAUACAUGGAGAUGUUGCGUAGGCCCCUGGAGGAGAGGGAUGGUGGCUGGAAUAUUUGCAUGAACAGAAGACAUGGCCUCAAAGUGGGACAGGUUAGGAUACUGCUCUGAACCAGAACGGUUUGGAAAUUAUCCCAUCUUAGGUAGUUGAAAAACUCAGAAAUAUGAGCUUGAGUGCAAGAAGAGUGACCACCCAGAGGGCAGAGAAAUUAGACAGAGGAGGAGGACAAGAGACUAUGGGGCUGGAAUUUUAUGUUUUAAACCAUGUAUUAUAUUUAAUUAUCUCUCCUCCCAUUGACAACGGACCUGGAGGUGCUUUGGAAGCAAAGGCAAACCAAAGGCAACCCCUCUGGAGGGCUGCCACCAUGUGAAGCCAUUCUCGUGGCCAACAGUGCUGUUGUGGAGGCACAGCCACCGGGCCAAAGGGAGAGGGUGGAUAUGCAAGAUGCCGUGGUCCCCGCGUUGCUGCGAGUUAAGUGCUGAGCUCCAUCCUUUUGAAGCCCUGUUGGUCAGAGUGGGCACUUUUCUUACAGUUUGCAUUGUGCCUGAACACUUUUGCACACACUAUGCCCUGUGAAAAUCUUCCCUUUCUUCUUCUGCCCUGCCAAGAAUCUCACACCCAUGUUCUCGGGAUAUCCUUUGGUUUUGUUUGGAUCCCUCAAGCUGAGUUAAGAGGUGUUUCUUCAUUUCUUCAUGGUCUUUCAGAAGCCUCUUACCUGUGCUUGCCCGCAAGUUGUGCCAAUCCAAGUCUGCCCCGUUUUGUUGUUGUUAAAGUACUUUCUCUUGGAAAGAUCAUUGUGUCGUUACCGGGAACCUCAGCAGCACAUUCAGCUGGGGGAAGGCGAGGGGAAAAGCGAUGCCCGGAGUUUCUUUUGGGACCAAACCGAAGUCACAAAGUGAUCCUUUACAUGGAUGGGUUGGUGGGGUUUUUUUGCAAGGGGGUGGAUCAGGAGAAAUUGUGUUUGGGAUCCAUCUCCAGGGCUUGGACACCAAGGCCGGCAUUGUGCCUCUGAACCCUCCCAUGCAUCUACAGCCCAAAUCCCGCGUGUGUUUUCUGCUGGGGCUGUGUCUGUGAUUGCAAACCCCGUCUCUCCACAAUUUCCCUGUGUCAUAUCAACAGCCUGUUAAGGAUAUUUAGGUGACAACUUCAUUUCUGUGUGGCCUUUAGAGAGGUUGAACUUUGACUUGCUUGGGAUGAAGGGAGAAUCACAGCCUUUUUCUCUCCUCCUGUUUGCUUGACCAGAGGCAGUAACCAGGGGAGACCCAGGGCUAUUUUGGCCUUAGGGAGGAUGUGGGUGCAGUCUGACAGGUGGCAGACAGAAAAUAAAACCAUCCUUUUGCUAGGGCUCAGGACCAACACGCAUGUCUUCACAUGGGAUUGAGGAGUGGGGAAAGGCUCUGUAAAAUUUUUCCUGCCAUUUUUCACCAUUCAGGAGGGAAAAAUAUUUUUCUUAAAGGGAACCCAGCCUUCCAGUCAUGCUAGUUCCUUUCUUUCCCAUUUGAUCCAUUUUUUUGUUACCUCCUGCAAUUUUUCCCUCUCCACUUGUGCUCCCAAACUCCUUUUGGCUCCAGAUUUCUUUGUGCAGCAUGAGCCCAGUGAUGCCCUUGGCUUCCGUACAGAGAAAUCUUUGAAUGCAAAAUGGCUGCAAAUUGUGCAGAUUUGCCCUUGACGUGUUGCAAAAUGAGAUGCCUUCUGGUAGAGCAAGAAAUGUCAGCAGGUUCCAAAUCAGACUUGGUGGCAUGUGUUUUCUAGUGACCACAGGAAUGGAAAUUGCAUUGGGCAAAGCAAAAUUCAACAUUGCUCCAGCCAGCUGCUCACUGCAAAUUUUGUCCAAGUCAGAGAUAACGAAGAUUUAUUAUCUUAUUUGUUUGCAAUUACUUUUCGAGGCCUGCUAGAAAUUUGGCACAGAAGGGUAUGUUAUAAAGGUAGGAACUCCAGAUGAGGAUGAGGAUGAUGUCAUGGCGUCCUACUGCAGCGCAGGUACAUGACUGGUCUUUUAAUAGAGGAGGCAAAGUCAACAGGACUUCAAGGCACGAUUUUUGUGGGAUGUAAUUUUCAUCAUGUCUUAAUUUUGAAGCCCUAUUGGCUCUAUUUUGAAUGUCCAUUUCCUAGUUCCUUUUGCAAAAUCCCUUUCUCCUGCCCAGAUGAUGUUUAACCCUUGAAAACAGAUACUUUCUGCUUUCCUGAGGAGUAUCCCAAGGAGAUGCAGUUCCACUUUGUUCUCUGAGUUUUCCACAGGCUGAAAUCUGGCAGUCUUUACCUCCUUUAGAGACUGCAUAGGAAGAAUUGUGUUUUCCCUCUUCAAGUUACUACACCAGAGUUUAUAAAGAUCUUCUGACUCAUAGAUUUACAAGGUGUUGAAAUUGUCCCACAAUCACUGGAUACAGAAAACUGGUUUUAUAUACAUGCAGCACAGAUUGUAUCUUGCUGCUACGAAUUUCAUACAGAAUUUUUUUUGGAAUGUGUAAGAAAUAUUCCACCUUUAUCUCUGGCAUCAUUUCAAAGAAAUUCUGACACAUGCCUCCAUCCACAACCAUGCCAUAAAUCAUCACUUCUCAUUCAUCCAGGCAAAAAGACAUGGAUUUUGGGGUUAACGUACCCCAUAAUUAACUCCAAAUAAUGCUUAUUUCCAUGAAAUGAUUUAUGCCUGCGUAAACGAUAACAGAGCCUGCUCGUUGCUUAUUGACAAAAAUAAUUUCAUUCCUGUCCUAAAUCAUAGUCCAAUACUCCCUGCAAAGUCUUCACUUCCAAUCCCUCAAUUCCCCCAUGCCUGUAUCACACACUCCCGGUGGUAAUCUCCCGCAAGUAGUCUUAACCACUAGAUACAAGAAAAUAAAUCAGUUUUGUUUGGCUAGUAAGGCAGUCCCAAUGAUAAAGUCCUUUAAAAGGAUGGACAGGCAAACUUUGUCCCUCUGCUGAGCCUCUCUUGGGCUGGUCUUUGCUCCCCUGUUCCUCCCAAGUCUGGUUCUGUAGUUUUUGGAGGACAGAAACAAGUUUUAGACAAUGCCAGAUGUGGACAGAGGAGACCAAGGAGAGCUAAAGAAGAUGUGAAAGCCAAAUUUCUGGCAGGCCAUCUUGAACUGCUCUGGGGGUGCCUGUGCCCACGCGUGGUUGUGUGCACAGAGCCUGGUUUCGAGGUGCAUCUGUGCUGAAUGUGAAGCCAUGGCCUUGGACCAGAGCCUGAGAUCUGGUCUCCGGGAAACUUUUGGACGUUUUUUUUCUUUUUUUUUUUCAGAAUCUGGGUCUAGGUUUGAAGAGAAAUACUGCAAAUGGCCCCACCUGCAGGAUGGAGCAAUCCCCGAGACUGGGACCUGAAGCCACAGUCAGUUUUUGGGUGCUUUGGGUCCAAGCGCGAGAUCAAAUUGUCUGAGGAGUUCAUGUCUUCGAACAGGAGACAUGGCUGGAGACGUUGCAACCUCUGUGCAGGUGGCCUUUCAUAAUGUGACCCCAAAAUAUAGGAACAGAGCACUAGCCAUAAGUCGAAUUUCCCAAUAUUUGGGAAGGGACUUUAAUGUUACUCAAGUGCAGAUUUUGUAUGUGAAUUUCCUUGUUGACUCAUUUUCUUAUUAAUAAUUUUUAAAACAAAAAUGUCAAGGAACUCACUGAAAACAAACCUCUUGUCCAGCUCAGAAAGCCAUUAUAUUUCUUUAGACAGAUUAUGUGAUAGAUCAGAUUUUCUAAAAAUGUAUUUUGUUUCAAAUGCUGCUUAAUAGAUCCAAAAAAAUUCUACAGGGUCAUUGCUAUUUACAGGUAAAUAGGUAUAUUUUUACAUUUUUAAUUGAUUUUUAAGACUUUAAAUUACGUGACUUUUUAGAACAAGUUUGUAUAAUCUACCUGAGAAGCCAGAGCAUCACCUCAGAUACAAAUGCUCCCCUUUCUAACAGUUACCCAAGAGAAAAGAAAAACACACUCUUCUUUUUCUUGACAGGGAGCUACUGCAAACCUCAUUUCCCUUAUAUCCUCAGACCACUGUGGUCACAGCAACAUUAUUGCUAAAAACAAAAUGUAAGUAUUGAAAGAGAAACUGAAAUUCCUAAGGAAUUUGCCCAAGAGUUAUCCCAUAUAAAGACCCUUAGCAGUGAGUAUUUUAUUAGGAAUGUUAAAAAGCCCAGGAGCAGGCUAAGGAAUUCUGUUUCUCCAUCCACGCUCGUGUGAACCCUCAGGUUGAGCGAGCCCUGAGUCUCCAUCCCUUUCUUCCCAACACGCCUGUGGUCCUCUGACCCACGCCUACAUGCCCGCAUCCUUUCUCGCCCACUCUCCAUCAUGGGUCAGCAUCUUCUGUUUUCAUCAGCUUCCUUUUCGUGAACCAAAAACAAGGAAAUCAGAUACAAAAGCUCCUUCACCUGCAAGUAACAUUGAGGCUGCGAUGCGGAGGGCCAUGGCACAGGGGUGAGGGCAGCAGCCCCCUCCGAGCCCCACGUGGGUCACUGCUGCUCGGCGGUGUAAAAGCAGACUCUUGCUUUUAGCACACCAACACCCCGACUUUUCUGCAUCACAGAGCAAAAUCUGCUUAGAGCACGGGUGUGGGUUCGUUGGUUUUUUUAACAAUAACAAUAGGGGUUUUUUUAAUGAUAAGGAUAAUAAUAAUAAUGCAUAGGAAUCUUCUUUAGUACGUCUUAGUGUUUGAUGCCCCAGUGACACAAUACUGCUUGCCUUAUAUUAGUGUCUAGAGGGAGGGGGAUUACACACAUUUUGAUACAGUAUUAAUCACGCUUAUAAUUUAGGUAGCAGCAAGGAGUGGCUGCUGCAGGAGGAGCAGCCAGGUCCUUUUUAACGUAUGAAUGUGCUUUCCGGACUAUCUCACUGACUGUACUCUCAAUUUUGCCUACUACUGCAUGCAGCCUGAGAUGAGUAGACAGCAAUAUGCUCCAGCUGUAUCUGCACUCCCAGAUUGCUGUAGUACCUGACAAGGUAACGUUGCCAAAAGCAUCAUUUUGGGGAGAGGCCAUCCUCCCAGUGACCCAUCACGUAGGGUGCUGCGGUGCUUCUGUAGGUAACACUGAUAUACUAAGUGUCUUUCAUGCUGCGACUGAUCAUUGCUCCAUCCCUCUGAUACAGCAUGCACAAACUCCACUUUAACUAAGGGGUAAAAAAAUGAUGUUUGUACCUGUGGUUCCUUGAAAUGUGUACAUGGGGAGGAAAAAAUACAAAUUGUGUUGGCUCUGUGUAACAACCUCCUUUCCAUCCAGAUGCCUCUAAAGAAGAGCAUCCCAGAUACCCCUUUCUGAGGGUCUGGAGGAGCAGGCAGAACAAGGCAGGCAGUGCCAAGGAUGGAGGCUGGGUCUUCAUUUAGGAGAUGCCAUUUGAAUCCACGUGUGGGAAUUGCCAUAUAUCUGUUUUAAUUCCCAUAGGGUUCUCUCGCCUGCAUCCAGCUCUGGUGUGCGUGUGCGUUUGUGCCUGCAGCCCAGCCCGAGGGGCAGGGGGGAAUGUGACUCCCAAACUUUGGAAAGCCCUCUUUGGAAAUUUCAUCCACCCUGCUACACCCCUUGAGGGGUCCCGGGGACCCUGCAGCUGUGCCAUAUCCAUUCCUUGUGGAAGCAUCUCUUAAUCUCUUUACGGAGAGGUGCUGAGCUACCUUCAUAUGUCCAUAAAUGUUUUGCCACAGUUGUCCCUGCUGUAAUACCAGCCUGUCAUGAGGACUUCAUGGUUUGCCCACCUUGCUGGUGUUUGCAGUCUCUUGUAUCUCUUCACACUGCUGCCAUACUCUAGUUUGACCUGGUCCCACAUCCUCACUUUCCUUGUCCAGACUAUAUACAAGUGAAGAUGUAAUGCAAGAACUCUGCUCUGAGACUUCCUUUUGGCCUGGCAUCACUAGAUGCACCAGGGAGCCUUCAUGUUUUGUUAGCAUGACAGUUUUGCUUUUUAUUGGCAAUUUAUUGCUUCCUCAUUGAGCCACUGUGGCCUCAACACAUUCCUGGUUUGUUCUGCCGGAGCCUUUCAGCGCAGGGAUGGAGUCUAUUUUGCCCCUCUGUAUAGCACCCUGUAAGGGUUUGUCCCCUUGGCUUUAGCUGAUUGCGGUGAAACAGGGAUGAGGGUUCAGUUCAGAUUUUCUUGUCAAGCUGAACAUCUCAGAAAAGAGCUUACAGACUCUAACAGCGUUGAUGCUUUUGCUCCCUGAAGCAAGAGCUACUUUCAAGAACCCAGUCCCCUUCAGCGGUCGACGCAUGUGGGUUUGCAUGCCAGGCUCCAGCUCGGUAAUGGGGAGAAACGGGAAGCAGCUGGUCCAAGCUGUGCUAUUUCCAAAGCUGCCAGGAAACCUGGAAGCAUCUUGCUCUCUCCUAAUUCCUGUAAAUACAGCCACAGAGGAACUGUUCAAGCAGCAUCUCUUUGUCUAGUCCUGAGAAACUUGAGCUAACUGCAAAGCUUUCCAAAACUCAGUGCCCAAGCUCUGGCUAGAUUUCACCUGCAGCUACGCCUAUAAUUUUAGGGCAGGGUUAAUGGUUUCAGGUAGAAGCCAUGCCAAAAUCUCCAGUUUGGAUGGUUCUGGCCCAAAACCAAGGCUGAAUGUCAUGCUGCUGGUGAAGCCUCCCCUGGAAUUUCAGCUCCAUUUGACGCUGAUGACUGUGGACCUGGGCAGAUGCUCUCUCCUUCCCACUCCACACAAGAAAAGGUCGGCACUAGCCUUGCAAGCCAAGAUGAGAAAAUACCUCCCUAUUUUAGCAUGCCAUAGGCACCUCCCAUUAGAAGUAGAAGCAGCGUUUCACGGUAAUCUCUUAAACCUGACCAACACAGUGGCCAUGACCCAGUGUUUCACGUAUGCAGAGAUGCUCAUGAAAGGGAUUUAUUACAGAUGUUGAUAUAGAAGGCUCAGUCCUUUAGCAUCUCUGUAGACACCAUGUUCAGCCUUGGUGAUGACCUGAGGAGAAGUCAUCAAAGCUGGUGACAGGUCUUUUCUGUCCUGCCUGGUUAUUCACACUGGUCCAGCAUCUUCCCCGGAGCUGAAGAUACACCGUGCUCCUGUCAGCAGGCAGGCUGCGGACCCUUCUGUGUUGGUUACUCUUCCCCAUCACCCAAACCCAAACCCUAAAAUUUGAAGUUUCUUCACUUUUUCUCAAAAAAUUCACACAUGGGAUAGAGAAUAUGAGUCUUUCAGGAACACCGAGGCAAAACAAGAUAUAGCUGAUAAAUGACAGAGAUUUUGUUAUUUUAAAUCAAGAACAGAUUUUAACCAUAGUUGCGGUUGCUGCGUGGUAUAUCAAAUGCUUUAGGAGAUUCAAUAAAUUAUUCUUAUAAAUGUUUUAUUCUUUUAUCAGUAAUUCGUAUAGGCGGGUGCCACUGUUCUUAUACAGGAAUGCUCCAUACGCUAAAACUAUAUUCCUGUUUCUCCAGUAUAGACGUAUUUAUGAAAUUUAUCUUGCUUAGUGUCACUUUGGCACACUAUCCACAUAUACUGCACACAGAUUGCACAUUACAUGCCAAAUGCUGAGAGGUAUCACUACAUGUAAUAAGCGUAUGUGCAUUGAACAGACACCAAACGAAGUGUUACCUGCCUAGACUGGGAUGUGACUCAACUGGGAAAAGAGAAAAAUGAAGAUCCUGUUUUGUUAAGAAAUACACUGCAUUUGAAUGCUUCUUUAAACAGAUUUUACCAGGAAGCUAAAAUAAGAGAUUGCCUCUGCAAUGUUACUUAAAAAUUACCUGAACAAACCAAACACACACAGCCCGAAAAUACUUAACUACUCUAUUUCUAUGUAUUCUUCAUUGCUGUUCAUCGGAACUGUAAAUUCUGUACAGAUUGAAUGAAGUUCAUAGUUUAUCUUUGUCAUAACCUGCAAGAUAAAAGGACAACACAACUUUGGCUGCAAAAUCAUAUGCAUGAUUUUUGCGUACAUGCAUAUACUUAUUGCUGUAUGUGCAUGUGUAUACAAACACAGGCACAAACAUUAAAAUAGAUAAAGCUGCACCUGAGAUGCACAGGGGAAAAAACUGUUCUUUUUUUGGAGGUGGGAGAGUGGGUAAAACCAAAACAAAAGACUAUUUAAAUAAUGUAUUUCUAUCAAAAAGCAAGAUUCACAAAGGGGAUUGAUGUGUAACUGCCAUCCCAAGGAGAAAUCCCACUUCUGAAGGCAGCGCAGGCCAUGCAGCAGAGUGAUGCAGUUGCUUUAAAUGAGAAUUUCUUUGGCUUCCUUUCAAACAAACAAAAAAAUAUAUUCCAAGUCCAAACCAAAAAGCCCAUUCCUGGGACAUGUGGCCAAACAGUUGUCCUACGCCAUCGGAGAGCCAAGGGCAAAGGCAUUAGGUGCUGUGACAGGGUGACCGUGACAGCAGCGGUGCUGGCUGAUGGGCAGUGCCAUAGUCUCCCACAAACCUGGCAUCACCCCAGUACGGGCUACUGCCUGCGCAGAGGAGCCUGCUGCCCUGUGGGUCCUGCUCUUACGUUUGCCUACGUACUUAAAAAAGCCCUUAGUUAAGAGACAUUUAAGAAGAGAGUCAUCAAAGGCCCAUUUUUGAUCUUAGAGUUACAAAAGAAAUGACAAAGUUAUAAUCAAUAAAUCUGAUUCUCCAAGCAGUUCAGCCCACAGACUGCAGUUGCCCCUAUACAGGGAUUUCACCAACCUCAUCAAAUGAAUCAUCCUCUAGGAUUUAAUUUUGCCCAUAUUUUCACAGAUAUAGGAUCUAUAUUGGGUAGAACUUACCCUUUAGUGUUUAAUCUAAAUAAAGGCAUGAAGAGCUAACUUUUCCAGUUAAAUACUGCUGGGUGCCAUUGAAAAAAUAGCAAUCAGAUUUUUGCAUUGGCCUGAAAUUCAUCUCUAGGUCUAAAGUUAUCAGCUGUAAGAGCAGCUUCAGUCCCAAGUAUGUUUCUAAGCAAAGGGUACAUCCGUUGCUGGAGUAUAUUGCCAUUUCCCUGAGAUACCUUGAAGCUUUCGCGGUUUAUAACAGCAUCUGGCUCAUUAGGCCUUAACUAGGCUAAAAAUGGUUCACGCAUUUGUCCUGACGGUGAGCUAAGAGGUGAAUUUCACACUGGGACAGGCCGUUCUUUCUUGGCGCGAGUGCAGGUGCUGCACGCCCUCGCCUCCCGCUCGUAAAAAUCUGGGGCUCAGUUGAGCAUGAAAGUUUGGUUGUCCUUUGGAAAGGAAAGACAGCUGCUGCUUUGCUUCCUUUAAUUUGCUCUGUUGCCUUGGCUUUUUUGCACUUUGGUUUCAUCUCCAAAGAAUCUCUCAUAAUGCCUUUGGUACUUAUGUACAAUUUUAAAACAUUUUGUAUGUAUUGAAAGGUACACACUUUCUCUUGUAAAAUAGCAAUUGGACUUUUUUUUUUUUUUUUUGUGAAUGUGUGAUUUCCUCUGUACAUUUCAAUCAUGACUUUGUGCAAUGUACAUUUUAUAGGGACAGAUGCCAAGGGAAUGACCUGUAGUUUUCUAAGGGAAUAGCUAGAAGCUGAACGACACAGUCACAGAUGGUUUUACAUUAGCACUGCGGAAGAGCAACGUAGCCCAGACUUUUACACCGAAGCGUUGAGCGUGAUACAGUGUGUACCUUUACAUGAAUGACUGUGGCAGCUGCAAAACUGUAUAUGUGUGCUAUUAAAAACAACAGCGACGGUUGCAAUCGGAAGGGAAGUGGAGGAAAAUUAAAUAAUCACAAUCAUUAAUUUAAGCCUCAAAGCAUCAGAAUGGAAAAUUUGCAUUCAGUAAAUUUCAGUAAAAUUCAGUAAAAUUCAGUAAAAAUACCAGAGAUUUAACCUUCAUGAGAUGAAAUACACAUUUAUUUUUCUUUGCACUUCUUCUA